GGAAGUGCAAUUGUGACGAUAAAGAAGUUGCAAAAAUAAAAAGGGAAACUUCAAGUGAAAUAUCUAAAAAUAGUAAAUAGAAAAAAGAAAUGCUUAAAACAAACUUCAGGGAGCGCAGUCUGCUGCUGCUCUGGCUGUUGCAGUUGCUCUGGAAUCUCACGGCAGCACUCACAGUGGAUAAUCAACUCGUCUCGGCACGAAAUGACUGCUUCGAGCGCGUUGCAUUGGAGGCGAUGCUGCCAUUUGAGAAGACCUUCCGCACCGAUGACACCAACUCGCUGAAGACGUGCAAGGAGAAGUGCCUGCAGGCCGGCGAGAAGUGUCAGGCCAUCUCAUUCGGUGUGCAUCGACGCGGAAACGGCACAUGUCAGUUGUCAUCGGAACAGUAUGGCAACGGCGGAGCCAAUGGAGGCGGCGGCGGCGGCGGAGGAGGCGACGGUGCACAGUACAGUACUCGUCCAAGUGGCAUCAUUUUCGAUCCCGACUUUGAUUUGUAUGCGCGCAAAACGAAUUGCUUUGAUUUGAGCGACAAUUCGAUUGGCCAACUCGAUGGUGCCCCAAGUCCGAUCAGUACUGGCGUAACGCCAGUGAAUCUGCCCAAUCGACCGCUGGAUGUGGGCAACACGCCCGUGCUCGUCGUGAAUCCCACACCGCAUACAGGUCCCCCCGACUCGCCUCGUCCCCCACCGCCACUGCCACAGCUGCCGCCGCCGUCUGGUCCCACACUGCCGCCACCUGGCGUCGGAGAUCGCUUGUACUUCUCGCAGGAGAUUUAUCCGCUCUACAAGUAUCCCACGCUCUACGAACACAACUAUCCGGCGCCCAACGAGAAUGCCUACAUACCCGGCGGCUAUGCGGCCAAUGUGCCCGAGGUUGACGAUCAUUAUAGACCCGCCUACGGGCCACUGGAUGAGGAAGGCGUGCAUCCCACGCCCCAUGGACCGCCGCGUCCAGUGUUUGGUCUGGGUUACGGCAAUGGCUAUAGCUAUGGUACACCUGAGCGCUAUUCUCCCACAACGCUGCGUCCCUCUUCUGCCGAGCGCCCAGGCUACCCACCACGUCCGGAUUACAACGACGAUCGUCCCGACUAUCCGCGUCCAUCGCCAGCGCGUCCCUACGACAGCUCCACUCCGCCAGAAAGUUCCUACGGUCCACGUCCGACAUCCAACUACGAUGGACAUCGCGAGCCACGUCCCGACUACACAAAUCGACCUGAUCCGCCAGCUCAUGCUCCCCACGAUGGUGGCUAUGGACCUGGUCCAGGUCCUGGACCAGGCUCCUCGGCACGUCCACCAUCAUACGACCGACCACCGCCACCAAGGGAUGACUAUGUGCGACGCAAUGGCAGCGUUAUGCGUCCCGAUGGCUAUGGAGGCUACGACGAUGAUAAAACCAUAGCCACCUACUUUAAUCCCGAGGAUUACAUGCAGGGUAACAAAAAUCGUCCCAUGCCCAUGCCUGGAGAUAGAGAUCGUGAUCGAUAUCCCAUGGAUGAAAUGAAUGCCUGCUUCCGGAGAGUGUUGGCGGGCAAGCGCAUUGCGCCCCAUUGGGUGCGUCGCUCCAUCUCGUGCGAACGCGUCGAGGACUGCAUGCGAGAGUGCGGCCAUGAGAAGCGCUUCAUGUGCGAGGGCUUUAACUAUCGCCUGGAUCCCUCCGGCCAUGGUCAAGGCGAUUGUGAGCUCAUUGAAAUUCCACUCUCCCAAAUGGAUUUGUACUCGAGUGCCAAUCGACGAGACACGAAUUUGUUGCGCCAUCCCGACUACGAUUAUUACGAGCGUGAUCGCAAUGCGCCGAGCAGCUGUCGUCGCAACAUCUGUCAGGACUGCUCCAAGGGUCCCAUCUCCAGCAAUCCCAUCUACUUCAAGCCCAGCAGCGGUCCAGGACCUGGACCCAGCAGCAGUGGCCCCUAUUUGGAUCGCGAUCGUGAUCAUUAUCGUCCUGGUCCUCCUCCAUCCCCACACAGCACAGCUGUCGAUCAUUAUCGCGGUCCAUCGGGUCCGCCGGGUUCCUAUGAGCAUCGUCCUUACGGCUCCUCGGAGUAUCAUGGCUCACAUUCAUCCUCCUCGUCAUAUGAAUUCUCCUCACAUGGCUCCAGUUCUGGUUAUUUUGGCCAUACGCCGCCCAGCAGCUUUGGUGAUCACUCGGCCUCGCGUCCCGAUUACAUAGAUCGCCACGACUUCCCACGUCCCUACAGACCUAGCGAUCGCUGGGAGACCUUACCCAGCAGCUCGGGCUACGACAGCUCCGUCUAUCGUCCACCUCGACCAGAGACCGACCGCAUUGACAAGUACAGACCUUCAUACAGACCAGGUGGCGAUUAUUCGCCAUAUCGCCCGCCAGGUCCACCACCAGGACCUCCGGGACCACCCGGACCGCCUGUCACGGGGCCAGCACACAACUACCUCGAUCGCGAUGGUCCGCUGCCGAGGCCAGGCAGUGGCGCCUACAAAAAGCCCAGCAAGUUUGUGCCUUACCUCAUUGGAGCCGAGGAGAACUGGGGCAGCUAUGGUGGCAACUAUGGCGGCGGCGGCAGCAAACACAGCUCUCAAUGGAGUCUAAGUGAAUCGCAGCGUCGCAAGGAUCAGCAUGACUUCAACUACUUUGAACUGGGUCCCCCUGGCCACCGCGAACCACCGCGUGAAUCGAAUGCUGUGCUGCGCUAUCCCGGCUCCAGCUACGAUCACGACUAUCCGAGACAUCACAACGACUAUAGACGUCAGUGGACACGUCGACCCGGGCCAGAUGAAUGUUCGGCAAAGACGAGCGAGGGCUUCCGACUGCACAAGACCGCUGUGAAGCAUGCUUUCAAUGUGCCCACGCUGACGGAAUGCGAACGCUUGUGCUCGGAUCAGCGACCCAGUUUCAUUUGCCACACCUACAGCUAUCGCUACAAUCAAGCGGGUCGCGACAAUUGCAUGCUCUGCGAUCGGCCCGUCAACAUGCUCGACUAUUACGUGGACAUUGAGCCCGAUCGCGAUUACGAUAUCUAUUCCAUGGCCGAUGACAUGGAUGUCUGUCGACAGCCGCCACGACGUAGCGAUGGUCCCAGUACCGCGCUCUCCGAUCCACGCAAUGCACAAUGCUUCUUCCGCGCCAUCGAUGCCACGCGCUUCUUUAAGUCGAUUGUGCGGGAUUCGCUCACAGUGCGCACAGUGGGCGAGUGUGAGAUGGAGUGCAUCCGUUCCACAAAAUUCACCUGCCGCGCCUUUGCCUUCCGCUAUGGACAGCAGCGACAUGCAGGCGUCAUCGACAACUGCCAGCUGAGCGAUUGGCCAGUGAGGGACAUGGAUAAGGAACGUCAUCUUAUAUUGGACGCCGCCUUUGACAUCUUUGAGCGUGCCAGCUAUGGGCAUGGAUGCGAGAUUCAGCCUAUAAUGGAUGAAAAACACAAGAAGCUCUGUUAUCUUGGUUAUGGCUCGCCUGCCAGGCUGCUGCCACCUGCGAUCAAGAAGGCCAUCUCAGUGCCCUCGGAAAUGGCUUGCAAGAAGGAAUGCAUACGCUUCAGAGAGACAACGCAGUUCAAAUGCUACGCCUUCAGCUAUGGUCCAAAUGGAGCCUGUGAGAUGUCAGACCUAGAUCAGACAGAGCUGAAGCUUGAUGUGCACUAUGAGCACACGAAAGAUAGAAAAGAUUACUGGCUGUUUGCGUGGAAUCCCUUCGAUUGGACGUGUCGCGAUAAAGUGAAUACGAUCGGAGGUUCGCGGGUGAAUAAUGAUCGUCGCAUGGACAUAUUCCGCGAACCGGGAGACACAGCCUGGCGCCAUUAUACGGUCUCUGGAAAGCCAUGUCGUCGCAGCAGUCCUUGCGAGAAGAACCUGAUCACGGGUUUCUAUUCCUGCGAAACGGAUGGCGCCGAGGUCGGCUCCUGGGAUUACUGCUGUAAGACCGAUCAUCCCUGUGGCUACAGUCGUGGCUUCGACUAUCCCUGGUGCUUUGUGGGCGACGAGGCGGAUCAGUGGCGCAAAUGCAGCGAUCGCUAUUAUCCUGGCAACAGCACCAAGCUCUCAAACCUGAGCUCGAAGCAGAAGCAAAAGCACAAGCCACUGCAGCCGGCAACAGCAGCAAGCAGUGAAUACACCCAACAUCCGCCACGACCUGGAGGUCUACAGAGUCUCAGUGAUUUCGCCGCCGCUCGCCUCUGGCCCGUCACGUAUCUGUACAGCGAGGGGCCGCCAAAUGCAACCGAGUUUAGUAAUUUCGUUGAUUGCAACAAGGAGACGUGCUAGCGACACGCAAAGGCGACGACAUCAUCACAGCUUAAUUAAGUAGUUCCCAUUAUCAGAUUUGCUCCCUCAAAUAGUUGUAGAAACCCGCCUCUCCACCCUCGCCUUUACACUAGAUUUAACCGUAUUUACUCAUAACAAUGACGAAUAAGUUGCUUCUCACCGAUUUGACAAUGUGUCGUUGUGAUUUUCAAUGAGAUUGGAUACCAUUUUCCGUCAUAAUCAAAAAUGAAAAAUACCCAAUUAACUUAUUAAUUUUAAUAUGCAAGCUUUUCGAUCGCUAAUCACAGAUUCGUGUGUUUGCGCGUUAAAAUAUUGUAUUGUGUACUUUCGUAUUUAAGUUCAAUCACAUCUAGCAUAUACGAUUAACAAUAAAUACUAGCUAACUGCAGAGCGGUUAUAACUUGAUCGUAUUCUCAAAUUGUAGUUUUUAAUCUUUGCAUAUUCCAAAUGAGUUUAUGACAUAUCUUUAGGCAAACAUUUGUUGCAUACUUUUUAGUGUAAGAUCCACACAAAGGAAAUAUUAAGCAUACGCACUGUAGAAUUGAAUGGGAGAGCCUAUAACUUCGCUUUAAUUAAGUUGUCUUCUAGUUUUGGAUUAUAAAUAGAGUUUUGAAUAUGAUUACUUUGUCUACCUUACUCUAUUUACUUCUUGUCUGGCAAUCUUGUAGGCUAUCCAGCGUAU